AUGUACAUAAGCUUCGAGCAGACCAACAUGGUACUGACAAGUGGACUUCUCAGUGGAUGCGCUUAUCCCAUAGUUGCUCUUGAAGUGGUUAACGGCCACGCGCUGGUUGCGUUGGAGAAUCCCUGGUUCCAGGGGCGAUGGAACGGGCAUUGGGGUCCUGACAGCCCCGGGCGACGUGCUCAGCUUCAAUUGCCGGGCUGCCAGCCCUUCUGGAUGAGCAUCCAGGACUUCUGCCAGCACUUCACAGACAUUGCUCAGGCUCGGCUGGUCCCGGGCUCCUGGCAGGGGGCCAUGGUCGCCAUGUCCGAGGAAAGGCCUAGCUACCCCCUCGUCUCGGUUUCUUCGCCAACCCAGGCGGUCUUCCUUCUCUCGCAAGCAGACCCUCCUCGUGGUUCGCAAAAGAGAGCGGUCCCGCUCGGUCUGCGGGUGUACCGGUGUCGAAUCGUGGCACCGCCGCAGCAUGCCACAGGAGUGAAGCAGAAUGUGUCCAAUCCCUUCAAGCCUCUCGAGUUGGUUGCUGAGAUGCCAAUCUCCCAGUCCGGGCGGUCAGUGAUGGUGGAGGUUCCGAAGCUUGAGCCGAACUGCCUCUACGUGGCGUCGAUCAUCUACUCGCCGAAUGCGCCUCCGGACUUGGCCAUCCUGCGAGUGUUGACGGCCUCCUCCAUGCGCUUCCGAGAGCUCUCCGUGCCAGAGUCAGCGUACUUUCUUCAGGCCGAGGAGCAGGUCGGAGGUCGUCCCCUGUAUGCGAUUGACACCGACAGCUUCUCGUCUCAGGGAUCUCUAGAAGCCGCACAGCUUCCGAUUCCUGCCAGACAUGAUCCGAUGCGGGACUCAGCGUCUCGUGGAGUAGACGGAGCUGCAUCGGAGAGUUGGCAGACCUCAGCUGCAUCAGCGGCGUCCGACACGUGGCAAGAAGUGGACCUCGGCUUUGGCGAAUUCAAGCUGCCUCCCUUCCUUCAGGAGAUACUAAAUCAAUGCUCUGGUGUCGACUGCUGA